AUGCGCAGCGCCGCUGUCGUUUCCUGGCCACGCUGCGAAGACGCGAUGUCGCCACUGCGUCGCCUCCUUCCGCCCAGCGUCUACCACCACAGCUACUCUCCACCCUGGCCACCGACCCAUCGGUUCCCCAUGUGGAAGUUUCAUGACCUGGCCCUGCAGCUGCUCAAGGACCAGCUGGUGACCGCCUGGGAGGACUUUGUGAUGCCGCAGCCUUUGCAGGAGGAGUGGAUCUUCCUGGCACAUGAGGAGGACUACUACCGUCGCUUUUGCAGCGACACCUUGGAUCCCGCCGCGCUGCGUCGCAUCGGCUUCGCGCAGCGCCCGGACCACCGGCAACUGGUGGCACGGACGUGCUGGGAAGCUGCGGGCACACUCACUUGCGCCAGGGAGGCCUUGAAGGCCACUGUGCUGGUGGCACUCAUCAUGCUCAUAGAGCCUGGGGCAGAGAAGGCGGUGUCGAAGAUCUUGAUUUGCGAUCUCGACGUUCACCAGGGCGAUGGCACCGCUGAAAUUCUCCAGGAUGAGCCGAGAGCGUUUACGAUGUCGGUGCAUUGCAAGGAGAACUUCCCGUUCGGCUUCAAGGGCUUGAGCCACCUGGGCCAUGAUCGAAGCGACCUGGACGUGGCGUUGCCCAAGGGCCUGGGCGAUGAAGAGUACUUGGCGACGAUCUUCGAGCACUUGCAAGGGGCCCUUGAAGAUGUACGACCCGAGUUGGUCCUUUAUGAUGCUGGAGUCGACAUUCAUGUGGAGGAUGACUUGGGGAACUUGUGCAUCUCCUGGAAGGGUCUGCGUCGCCGAGAGGAGAUGGUCCUGGAACUUUGCACGGCCAAGGGAGUGCCGGUGGCCUUCGUCAUUGGCGGCGGCUACCACCGGAAGCGGCCGCAUCUCACACGUCGCCACGCGGCGGUCUUCCACGCAGCGUCCGCCAUUUGGAGGACGCGUGGCUGA